AUGGCGGGAGCCUCCUGGGGUGCGCUGAGCCUCGCCCAGUGUUUCGCCCGGGUGACGCAGUGGGAGGCGGCCGGGAACUAUUGCGAGUAUUUGUAUUCCGAUUCGCCGAACGAUGGCUCUGGCAGCCCGGGGACCAUUUGCGCCUGUAUGCCGCCGAAUGCGAUGUCUUCCGGGGCUUGCUACGCAGCGGUUGGAACCAGGGCCAGCGAGGGGUCUGCGCAGUUCGUGACCUACCGGCAUCAGAGGCUGACUUGCGAGACUGGGAGCGGAGCGGCAUGCAAGACUUGUGUCACGCCGCAGGACCGAGUGGUGAGAGACCAGUGUGAGACUUGCAACGACGGCCACAUACUGCUUGGUUACGUGUGCUCGGCCUACACGCCGUCGCCGACGCCAAAUCCGACGCCGUAUCCGACGCCAAGCCCAACCCCAUAUCCUACGCCAUAUCCGACGCCAAGUCCGACGCCGUAUCCAACACCAUACCCGACGCCAUAUCCGACACCAUAUCCGACGCCAAGCCCGACGCCAGAACCGACGCCAAGCCCAACGCCACUGCCACCCGGCGCCACGCAUGUUCCGACGCCAAGCCCGACGCCAGAGCCGACGCUGCAUCCGACGCCAAGCCCGACGCCGGACCCGACGCGGUAUCCGACGUCAAGCCCGACACCAGACCCGACUCGAAAUCCGACGCCAAGCCCGACGCCACAACCGAUGGCGACCUGCGAGGACGUUCCAGGGUGGGCGAGUAAGGAUGGUACACCUUGCUCCUGGUAUAACACGGCCAAUGUUUGCACCACGUCUGGAGGCUAUGCAUCGGGAUGGAAGUCUACAUGGGGCACAUUUGCAGAUUGGGCGAACGAUGGAUAUGAUGGUUCGACAGCAUGUUGCGGUUGUGGUGGGGGCACGUCACCGACUCGUUGCCAGUACAUCGAGAUCCCUUCAAAUACAUUCGGGUAUGUUCAAUUGCCGUACAGUAGCAACAUUCGAGCUGUGUCAAUGUGGCUGGCGCCGUACAAGGAUGGAGGCUAUCACUGGGAGUACAUAUUUGACGCACGUACAUGA